AUGACACUGAACAAGUCUACCAACUACUUCUACAUCAUGCUAGGCCUUCGAGGAUGCCACGGGAUAUACCGUCAAGGCACUCUUCGGCAUACCAGACGAAUUGCAUUCAGUCGAUCGUUCCAAAGAACCUAUGCUACUGGUAGCAAGGCCAAAACACCCAAAGCAUUCAAGAUCAUAGCUGCAGCCACUGGAGCAUCUGUGCUUGUUUACGGCAUUGACGAGUACUUUUACCUGUCACUUUUGCAACGUUCUGCUCGUGCAGUUUACGUGCUUUUAUGGAUUGCUUACCAAUACGGAGUCAAUGCAAAGAAGUACGACAAGAUAGACGAUCUCCACGAGAAGGCAUCUGAGAAGCUUCUCCAGAUGCUCUCGGCCAACAAGGGCCUUUACAUCAAGCUUGGUCAGGCAAUUGCCAACAACGGAACUGUGUUCCCAUUGGCAUACCAAAAGCGUUUCAUCAAUUUGUACGAUGCUGCUCCUGAGGACCCUUGGGCGGAGAUAGACAGAACGCUCAGACGGCAACUUGGUGAGAAUUACGAAAAGGACAUCUUCGAGCAGUUCGAUCGUAAGCCAAUGGCCUCGGCAUCGAUUGCCCAGGUACAUAAAGCAAAGUUGAAGAAAGAACAGCAGGAAGUGGCCGUGAAGGUCCAGCAUCCUUACAUCGCCAAGCAGAUCAACGUUGAUUUGGCCAUUUACAGAGCAAUGUCGUGGGUGUAUUCCAAGAUUUUUGAUCUUCCGUUGACAUUCUUCACCCAGUAUGUUUCGGACCAAUUGGUGAAGGAGUCUGACUUUAGGCAUGAGUCAGCAAACGCUGCAAAGCUCUCAGGCCUUCUAGCACACGACCCAGCAAUGGAUUCGUUGAAUAUCUAUAUUCCAAAAAACUACGAUGACUACACUAGAGGGCUGAUUCUCGUCACGGAAUGGAUAGAUGGUAUCUCUCUCGCUGACAAGCAGAAGUUGAUAGAUGCGAAACUCGACAUCACCACUAUGAUGAAGCAGUAUGUUCAAGUCUUUGGAAGACAGGUGUUCAACUACGGAUUCUGCCAUUCGGAUCCUCAUCCUGGUAAUCUCAUGGCCAGAAUACAUAAUGGGAAGCAAGAGUUAGUCAUCUUGGACCAUGGAUUGUACGUUUCGCUCCCGGACAAAUUUAGAAAAGAGUAUUGCACCAUAUGGGAGAGCUUAUUUCUUUAUGAUAAGAAAAAGAUGGAGGAGAUAGCACAUUCGUGGGGCAUUGGCGACCCACAGAUCUUGACGACCAUGGUCCAGCUCAAGCCGCCUCCUAAGGAUUUCAUCGCAAGAAAUACGAGCUCGUACGAUCUUAUCAAAAGCUUUCUUGGAGAUGAGACGAAGUUCCCAUUACAGAUGCUAUUCCUUCUGCGUUCAAUGAGAAUGAUGCAAAACUUGAACCAGACUAUGGGAAGUCCAGUUAACAGAAUCAAUCUAUUCACGAAUUGCGCAUUGCAAACUCUUGCAGAGGAGAGAACGUUCUCCCUUCGUCACCCCGGUCCAUGGAUUCAGUUGUUGAAGGUGAAGAUUUCGCUCUUCCUUAGUGAUGUCAUAUUUUGGCUCUUCAGAAUCAGGCAAUUCGUGACUGGUGACCGGUAUGGUGGCAGGGGCGAAGGUAUUGAGGACUACAUUGACCAGUACAUGCGGGAUACCGCCAAGCUAAUGGGAAUAGAGAUAGCUGAAGGGGCAUAG